AUGACAACGCAAAACCAAGCACCCGUGAUAAUCAUAGGCGGCAGCCUAGUAGGCCUCGCCAGCGCGCUAUUCCUCUCCGCCCGCGACGUCCCCGUCAUCCUCUUCGAGCGCCACACCUCGAGCUCCCCGCACCCGCGCGCCAUCGGAUACACCUCGCGCACGCUGGAAAUCUUGCAGACUGUCGGCAUCUCCCCCGAUCAGCUAAGAGUCGGAUCCGGUCCGCCGGGGGGUAAACCUCGUCGAGUGAAAGUCAAGAGCCUGGCGGGGGAGUGGGCUGAUGAGCAGCUCUGGAAUAAUAAUAACGCCAAUAAGGAGAAUGGUGCUGGUCCGAAGGGCGGCAAAGUCUACGCUCCCAUCAUGGGCACGGCGAUCGCCCAGGACAGACUGGAGCCCAUCCUCCGCAAACGCGCCGUCGAGCUAGGCGCGGAUCUCAGGCUCGGGUGGAAGAUGACGUCCUGGAGCCAGUCUGCGGACGGCGUACACAUCACCGCCAUCAACAGAGAAUCAGGGGAGGAAGUAACCGUUGACGGAUCGUACAUUGUCGCCUGCGACGGCGCGCGGAGCGUCUUCCGCGAGGGACUGGGCAUCGGGAUGACGGGGGUGGGACACUUGAGAAGUCUAUGCAGCGUCAUGUUCCGGUGUGCGCCGAUUGAGAAGUUUUUGGAGCGGGGUUUCGUGCAGUUCUCGAUUGAGGGGCGCGAGGACGGGUUUGAGGCGUUUUUGGUGAGUUAUCACGACGGGAGGUGGGCGUUGAUGUGGAAUGCCGCCGAGGACAACAGCAACAAGAUGGACGCCCGCGCGCAAAAAGAUCUCAUCCGCAAAGCCCUCGGUCUCGGCGAGGACGAGAUCCAGGACGGGGAUAUUGAGCUCGUGACGAUUGGGUUCUGGGAGAUGAGCGCGCGGAUCGCGGAGAAGUUUGCAGAGGGACGGGUGUUCCUCGCGGGCGACGCGGCGCAUACGUUGCCGCCUAACCGGGGCGGGUACGGCGCCAACACGGGGUUCGCGGACGCGCACAAUCUGGCGUGGAAAAUCGCUGCUGUGAGGGCUGGGGUGGCGGACGAGGGGAUUCUGGGGACGUAUGAUGAGGAGAGGAGGCCUGUUGCGCUUGUGAGGCAUGAUCAGCUCUUUGCGAGGGAUGAUUACAAGGCGUAUAUUCGGGGUGAUGAAGGGGACAAGAAGAAGGUCGAGGUGAUUGAUGAUAUUGCUAUGGAGUUGGGGCAAAUUUAUCGAUCUGGAGGAAUGGAUUUGGGGACGGAUGAGGUCUUGCCUGAUGCGUUGAGGCCUGAUGAGUGGAAAGGUCAGCCUGGUACGAGGGCGCCUCAUCUGGUGGUAAAGAAGAGGGAUGGGAAAGAGGUUUCGAGCUUGGAGUUGCUUGGGCGCGGGUGGGUUUUGCUUUCGAGGGGUGACGGGUGGAAGACUGCUGCUGUUGGUGCUGGAUGUGAGUUUGUUCAUGUUGGAGAGGAUGUUGUCGAGGUUGAUCAGAAGGGGGAGGGCUUUGAGGAAACGUUUGGGGUUGGGAGGGAGGGAGCUGUGUUGGUGAGGCCUGAUGGGUUUAUUGCUUGGAGGGUUAGCGGAAGGGAGGAUGGUGGUGACGAGGCGUUUGCUAAGGCUUUCAAGCGGGUUUCUUUUGCGUUGUAG